AAAAUGUACUAAGUUUGUGUUUUAAUCAGUUGCUUUUAAAAUUUGGUUUUUACAGAAAUGAGCGACUUGGAAACUCGCACAAGGCCGUCCCAGGACGAAUCGGUGCACUGCAAGGUGUGCGAUGCGCCCUUUAAAACGCUGCAGGAUUGCCUGGCGCACGAGUUGCUUAAGCACACGAUAAAGCCACAGAAAAAGCUGCGCAAAUGCUUAGAUGCCAUCACAAAGCUAUUUGCCAGCGAGCAAAUCCAAUGCGAACGUCGCGUGCUGAAGGCGACACUCGCCCAGGCACCGGCUGGCCAGCAUUUGCGAGCCGUGCUGGCUUUCUAUUCCGGCAACUGUAAUGAGCUAUCAGCCUGCUUUGCCCAAGUGCGAGAGACCCUACAAAAACAGUUGCAGGGUAGAAUAAAGGUUUAUCCCUUUGGCUCGCUUGUAACAGGUUUGGCUUUGAAAGAUAGCGACAUUGAUCUGUUUCUGGAACAAACCGACACCAGCUCAAAUAGCAUGUCCCACCGUCAAUUGUUCAACAAGAUCUACAACUUUUUGCGGCGCACCGAUUGCUUCCAGGAUGUGUUCGCCAUACGACACGCCCGUGUGCCCAUCAUACGCUGCAAGCAUGUCUAUAGCGGCCUCAGUCUGGACAUUAAUAUGUCCAGUCCGAAUAGCACCUAUAAUUCGCGUUUUGUCGCCGAGCUAUUGGGCCGGGAUGUGCGCAUGCGCGAGCUAUUCCUGUUCCUGAAAUUGUGGGCCAAGAAACUGAAGAUCAUUGGCAGCGGCAGCAUGACCAGCUACUGCCUGAUCACCCUCAUAAUAUUUGGCAUGCAGCAGCGUAAACAAUUGCCAUCGAUCAAGCAGCUGCAGGCACGUUGCCCGGUUCUGGAGGUGAUGGGCGUCAAUUAUGCAUAUAGCUUUCAGCAAGUGCGUCCAAUACCUGCCAGUUUGACCACACUGGAUCUCAUCUCCAGUUUCUUUGAGCUUUACAGUCAAAUGGAAUUUGAGAAGAAACUGUUGUCACCCUAUUUGGGCUGCGCACUGGACUUGGAGACGGCCUUUUCGAUGCCGGGCAAAUUUCCCGAGUAUGAGGAACAAUUAAAGGCCAUGCAUAAAGCUACGGGGGAGCAGCCGGAACCGUUUCAGUAUCAACGUUGCGUUUGCGUUCAGGAUCCAUUCGAGUUGCAGCAUAAUGUGGGCCAGUCCAUAUCCAUAACUAAUCUCUGCUAUCUGCGUGAGUGCCUGGCCCUGGCCACCAAAGCGUGCAGCGAUAAAAAAUUGGUCUCAACGCCUGAGAAAUUAUAUGACUAUUUGCUUUUUGGCCUGGCCGAGAAACUGUUGCAGGGCCAGCGCCUGGACCGGGAGCAGCCGGCCAAGGUGCGCAAGAAAAUGUUAAAUAAACCAGAGCAGACGCCAAUGCAGAGAGCACAGCCAGAUGGAUCUGAGGCAACAACACAAAACCUCGCAGCUGAUGCCAUGGACAGAACGCUAGUUACUGCAGCGGCAAAGCCUGCAGUUGCUGCAACGAGCACAACAACAGUUGCUGCAGCGGCAAAUGCUGCAGUUGCUGCAACCGCCAAUUGUGCAGUUGUUGCGGCAGCAGAAUUUGCAGCUGAAGUAGCUGCCAAGCCCAAAGAACGAUUAUCAUCGAGCAGCUCGGUGGAGAAUGCGCCACCGCUAAUGCAUGUCCAUACACUGAAACCAACCAACAAUGACCUGAAGAGCUUGCGUGCUGAUUUCCUGAGUAAAAAUCGGAAUGCAAAGCAAACAAUAUUUUACUAUUGGGCGGAAUGCUAUGUGGAUGCUAUUAAGGAUAUAUUAGCAAAUAUUUAUGGCUUGAAUUUGAAGUUAAUUGAACCAGAGGAGUCCCUGACAACCAAUAUCAAUAGCAAUGCACUGCCGCAACACUUUACCUGGCUGAUCAACACAUCUCUGGAUACGUGGAGUGCUCGCAAUUUCCAACGCUCCACACGACAAUCAUUCUUUGCCCAGCAACUACAGCAGACCAUUGAGUUUAUCAAGACACGCCCCAAUAAUGCCAACUAUUCUGUCAAUCUGUGCGGUCGCUUCUCGCUGGUCGUUGGGCCGGACUACAAGGAGCUGCGCCUGGAACUGCAACCGAUGCCAAGCGAUGCCCUCGGCCUGCAGCGACACAGUCCGCUAACCAAGUUCUUUAAAUCCUUGAAGAAUAUGUUGUGCAAUUACAACUUCAAGGAGAAGGUCAUCAGUCUACAACAGUAUCAGCAUUGAGUUCCACUUCCCCGCCCCCCUCCCUCCCUCCUCGAAAAAAAAGCACAGAAGUCCUUGUUUACCGAUCACAACAAAAAAUUACGAAAAAAACAAAAAAAAAAAAAAA